GCGAAAGUGCGCGAGCUAACUUUAGUGCUGAAAAUAAAUAUUUAUAAAAAAAAAUAACCUCGCUAGUAGAUAGCUGCCAGACAGUGCAUCUGUAAAGAAAACGCCAAUUAUUUACUCGAUGAACUUAGUGCACUUGAAGCUUUUUUUUUUCCUUCGAGUAGUUUGUGAGUCUUCUUAGAGUUUGUUGUGGUCACUUCGGCUUCUUGGUUCGUCUGUUGAUCCAACCAACGGAUGAAUAUCUACAGCGCGAGCCUUUGCACGAAUAGUCUACAGAGUGAAGGCGCGCGGGGACUGUUUUCUGGACUUUCUCCGGAUCAUCUGUUCAUGAAAUAUUGGUACACGGAAAUGGCUCUAAAUUGAAUGUGGAAAAGAACUGGGAAAUCUUCGGCGGUACAAAAAUACUUUCAUACCAAGGUCCUUUCUGGUUUGAGGCUGAGGAGAGGUCAGGACUACAGAACAAAUGGAGAACACACAGGAUAUGAGCGACCAGACGGUGAAGAAGCCCCACUGUGACCCGCAAGUUCCAGAGCCUUCAGAUAGCAGGUCUAUGGAAAUGCAGGACCUUGCCAGUCCUCAGAAUCGCGUUGCCACGGACGACACCUCCAGCAGCAAACUGGACAAAAGCAGCCUGAGCAACAGCAUCUCAGCCAACGGUACCGGAGGUGAGAACAUGACCAUUCUAAACACAGCCGAUUGGUUGUUGGGCUGCAGCUCCUCCCCCACACCACCAAGUACAAAGGACUAUGUUAAGACUGAGCCUCUAAACAACAGUGAUACUGUCACCACCACAGGAGACACAGGGCUGGACUCCUACGCUGGCUCAGUUAUAACCAGCAGCGGAUACAGUCCACGCUCAGCGCACCAGUACUCUCCACCACUAUACCCCUCAAAGCCAUAUCCUCAUAUUCUGUCCACUCCUGCGGCUCCAUCCAUGUCUGCAUAUGCUGGCCAAUCACAGUUUGGCGGCAUGCAGCAGUCAACCGUGUACACUGCCUACUCACAAAGCACACAGCCCUAUGGCCUGUCAACAUACGAUUUGGGGGUGAUGCUCCCAGGCAUAAAAACAGAGGGAGGUCUGGCCCAAUCACAGUCCACGCUGCAGUCCAGCCUGAGCUACAGUCCUGGCUUCACCACGCCCCAACCCGGACAGACAGCCUACUCGCCCUAUCAAAUGCCUGGGUCCAGUUUCACUCCAUCCUCUGGGCUCUAUGCCUCCAAUAACUCAGUGUCCAACCCAGCCAACUUCAAUACGCAGCAGGAGUAUCCAUCCUACACGACGUUUGGCCAGAACCAGUAUGCGCAGUAUUACUCUGCCUCCUCCUACGGCUCCUACAUGACGCCCAACAGCUCAGUCGAUGGCACUGGCUCUUCUUCAACCUAUCAGCUGCAAGAUCCCGCCCCUGUUAUGACAGGACAGGCUGCUGAGCUCCACCCAGGGGAUUUUGACACGGUGCAGAGGCCGGCCACGCCCAUCAAGGAGUUGGAUGAUCGGGGGCGGGCUACAGGGGGCAAAGCUAGGGGCAGGGGCAGGAAGAACAACCCCUCACCCCCACCUGACAGUGACCUGGAGCGAGUGUUCGUGUGGGAUUUGGAUGAGACCAUCAUUGUGUUCCACUCUCUCCUCACGGGAUCUUACGCACAGAAGUACGGCAAGGAUCCUCCACUGGCUGUAACGCUGGGUUUGCGGAUGGAGGAGAUGAUCUUCAAUCUCGCAGACACUCAUCUAUUCUUCAACGAUCUUGAGGAAUGUGACCAGGUCCACAUCGAUGACGUGUCGUCGGAUGAUAACGGUCAGGACCUCAGUACUUACAGUUUUGCAACUGAUGGCUUCCAUGCAGCUGCAACCAGCGCAAGCCUCUGCCUAGCGACGGGCGUUAGGGGCGGAGUCGACUGGAUGAGGAAGCUGGCUUUCCGUUACCGGCGAGUAAAGGAGUUGUAUACCACAUACAAAAACAAUGUCGGCGGUCUGCUGGGGCCGGCUAAGCGGGACGCAUGGUUGCAGCUGAGGGCAGAAGUGGAGGCUCUCACAGAUUCCUGGCUCACCAACGCACUUAAGUCCUUAUCAAUCAUUAGCUCAAGGAGUAACUGUGUAAAUGUAAUGGUAACCACGACACAGUUGAUCCCAGCCCUGGCUAAGGUGCUGUUGUACAGCCUAGGAUCUGCCUUUCCCAUUGAGAACAUCUACAGUGCAACCAAAAUAGGCAAAGAGAGUUGCUUUGAGCGAGUAAUGCAAAGGUUUGGCAGAAAAGUAGUGUAUGUUGUUAUUGGCGAUGGGGUGGAAGAGGAGCAGGCGGCCAAAAAGCACAACAUGCCCUUCUGGAGGAUAUCGAGCCACUCGGACCUGCUGGCUCUUCAUCAAGCACUGGAAUACGAAUACCUGUAAAGAAAAAAAAAAAAAAGAACUAAACUGCAGAACUGUACCUACCACAUUUUUUUCUUGUUUUUUUUUUUCUUUCUUCUUUUUUUGUACAUCUAUUUAAGGAGCUACAUUACACUGCUAUUUUUUUGUUUGUUUCAUUUUGUCUUUUGUCUUUUUUAAAAGAAAAAAAAAUUGUUGCUUAAGAAAUAAAUAAAUAACUGAACUGUCUUAAGAAGACGAGGACGGCGAGAGAGAGAAUGCUGGUUUUAUUUGUGAAACUAUACAAGGUCUUACUGUAAGCCGCAAAAAAAAGUUUUCAUUUUGUUGUUUUUCCUCUUCUUAGCUAAUGUGAGGUGGGACAGUGGAGAAACUAUGAGUUUCACAAACAAAAACAAAAAUGAAAAGAGAUUCUCCCUCCCCUCGUGGAGGACCUAAACCUUAACGCAAAAGACUUAAAACUGUAACCAUAACAACCCUCCUCCCCAUUCUUCUUGCUUCCAUAGCAACAACCUGCACUCUGAGUGACUAUCUAGUGUACACCCCAUAUCCCAUGUAAAUUAUUUUACAGUUAAUAGUUUAAACACGGACAUAUUUGUUGUUUGAUAUUGGAAAGGGUUUUGUUGUCUCUUUGUUUUUGUAAGUUUUUGGCAAAGAAGAAUGUGCAUAAUGAUUUGUUGUGCCUUAUAUAAAAAAGAUGUGUUUGUGUGUUUCAAUGUAAUUUUUGUUUAUUUUAAAUAUGUAUGUAGAUAAAUUACAAAC